UUGUGGAGAUCAGUCGUCAUUUUGCUAAGCUUUCGCGCCCACACGUGAGUUAGAAUAUUUCUCGGUUUCUCAAGUUUUUAACUCUCGUGGUAUUAUGGUUUCCAUUGUACCAACAGUUUAAGAGAAACUAACUAGACACAAAACUGAAACAGACCUCGUAAAAUAUCGCAAAACUCGAUCGCCAGAAGGCUUAGCAAAUUUGGCCACCCAUUUCGUUUGUGACCCACUACGUGAAUCGACACGUAACAAAAAAAAAGAACUGGUUUGUUUGUUUGACCAUCUCAUUUUCUUGGAACAAUUUUGUGAAAAAAAAAAGGAAUUCGAAAACUUGUUGAUUCACACGUUUCAAUUUUCCUUUGUUGCCUCGUGUGGUUACAGCACUGCACUUUUUUCCCGGGCAAACGCAAAAAAAAAAACAGCUGAAACGCGCCUCGUGGUGGUUCGUUUUCCCUCCAAGUGCACAUUCGAUUGUUCUCUCCCUUCCCCUCUCCGACUAGUCCACCAAGGGGCCGAGAAAAACGGCAGGUGGUUGGCGAUAACCCACACAACCCCCCCCCCUUCCCACUUCCAGUUUCUCUCUCUGAAAUCUUUGCAAAAAAAAAGAAAGAUCUAGUAGUUUUUAACUAUGUGCUUUUUAUUGUAAUAUCAAGAUAGUCACUUUGUUGUGUGAAGCUGUGUGUGUGUCUAUCAGUGCUGCAGUGAGUGAGUGUGUGUGCUGUGCUGUGCUUGUUGGGAAGAACGUGCGGCUGCAUCAGUGGACACAACACGGGACGUUGGUGAAUCACGAAGGGAUUUUUUUUUUGUUGACUCGCUUGAUCUGAUUCGCCAUCCGGACGUGCUUGUCACGUUUCAUUUGGGAUGAUGGCCGCCUCGUCUUCAUCGGGCCUCCUGGCGCUCCUGUUGCUGGCCGUCCACUUGAACGCCGCCGCGUCUCAAGGAUCCACUUGCCAGCUGCCGGACGCUUGGCGAGGAACUUGGUUCCAGUCGGGACUGAACACGGUGCGCAUCAAUGAAACGACCAUCGAUUUUAAGGGCAAAUGUUUAGAAAGCGAUGGCGAAUAUUACCUCUUCGAAGAAAAGGUGGAGAAAGAAGAGAAAUGCUACCGCUGCCUCUUCAUCGCCCAGAAGCAUCCCAACGUCCUUCAGUACAAAGAAUCUUAUUGCGAAGGACGAGACACGCUGGAGAACCUGUGCAGCAUGAUACCCGGAGACGCUCAACAGUACUCGCUCUUCCGCCGCGACGCCGCACCAGUAGAGUGCCCCUUCCGCGGAUCCUACACGUUCACCUAUUCGCGCGGACACGGAGAAUGCCGCUCGCCCGUCUCCCGAUUGGACUCUUGCACGGAGAAUUGGCGCACAUUCUUCCGAUACCAAGCCUGUCCCGACGUCCAGGGUACAGAAAGCUCAGAAGAACAGCUGGAAUGCUUAGCCCAAUGGAAGGACGGCUCGCUGCGCUAUUUGAUGGGCCGUUUACAACACCAAGGCGCCACUAGCGAUGAGGAUCGUUACCGGUGUUUUGUCUACGAGAAAAUUCAAGCUCCGUCUCCCUCUCAGUCGACUUCGUCGCUUCCACUUCCGGCCGGAGAACGUCAUCGCCCUGUCACCAUUUUGCUGGCCCAGAGUGGCGACGCGACUUGCAGCGGAUUGACAUCGCCCACCGAAGGCUCUCGCACUCUCAAACUCACUAAAGCAGAAGCGGAUGGCCGCAAGUGUCACUAUCCGAGCUGGUUCCUGGCCCACAAUCGGUGGCAGACGCUGGACGGCCGUUGGACUUACACGCUGCACAAGAAUUCCACCAUGCGCAUCAUCAAUAACACGACGACGGCCCACGUGACGGCCACCAUUGUCGGCGGUCCUUCGUUUGGCGCCGCAUCGGCCAUCGUCGAUUCGCGCAUGGAACAGAAAGCCGUUUGCCAAUCUGUGCUCGAUCUCGGCGAUGGAGCAGUUCGAGUCGUGGCCCAUCUCUCGCAAGGCUGUCAAUCUGGCUACGUGUGCAUGGUGUUCCAUCGACGCGAUGGCCACGUCGUCGAAUUCCAAGCCGGAGAAGCCGCUCCAGCGCCCGACGAAGCUUGCAGCGCUUACUAUUUCAAUCCGGUUGUAGGACACUUGACAACGCUAAUUGCUUCUUCACACCAGUCGGUGUCGUGCCCGCUGGACGGGAAAUUUAACGUUAUGAGGUCGUUCAGUCACGCGUCCCGUCUGCCUUGCUCUUCCGACUCGAUGGCCAAUGACGUGUCAUCCGCCGUGGCGACACCGCAUCUCUUCCUGGCCGGACAACGGACGUCAGCCGUCGCCGUCGGCUGUUCCGCCCCAGACACGCUCGACCUGUACCACGAGUGCAGCCGGGAAACGAGUUCAGGUUAUCUGUGCCGGAGCACGUGGAAUGACGAUCACGACGAGCGCAUCAAGUACGUUAUCGUGACUCCGUUGCACGCAGCGGCUAACCGACACGGGUUGGACGGGCCGCCGCGCCGCUUCUGCCUGACUCUGACCACCCACGCAACCAAGGCCACGACGUUGCCGCCGUCCGAGAGUCAACAUCCGCAGGAUCUCGUCUCGUCUGGCGGCGCCGCCAAUGGCGCACCUCUUGAAUGGAUCGCUUCGAGUGAAACUUGCGUCCGGACGUAUGCAAAGGAUAGAUUGGCCACCCACGGACAGCACUCGACGCACUUGUCUCACAACGCCCACAAUCUGCAUAUCACGACGACGGACAGCGACGGAAGCUCCGCCGGCGCUUCUAUUUUUAACGUCACGUCAGCUGGACAGUGUACUGGCGUCGAGGCGGCCAUACUCGACCAGCGGAAGCUUUUCCCUUCCUCUUCUUCGUCCUCUUCGACGUCGGCCGCCACCGCUCGCGCGUCGCCAGCGAAGAUGGAUUACCUACACCUAUUGUUAAUGGUCGUGACCGUCGCACGUCUCGUCGGUCGGUGAUUGCUACAAGUGCAGCGAAAGUCAAACUAUUGUUGUUCAUCCUUUUCUUUUUUUUUUUUUUUUUUUUUUUUUUACCCCCCAUCCCCCCAAUGCGACUGUGAUUUGUGUAUUUUUACUUUUUUAUUUUUUUUUUUAUUUCAUUUUUUGUUUCUAAAACACGAAAAAGAUUAAGUUGAAAUCAAUAACACAACAAUAUGAUGAACGAUGUUGGCGGGAAAAGACAUUUAAACCGUUGGCGCUACGUGUCAGUUACGUUCGCUCGAUUCAUUCGCAUCUAUUUUUGUUUCCUCCUCUAUUGCUUUUUGUCUUUGAUAUUGAAUUCUAUUGUACCGUCUGGUGUGUACAUAUUUAAGUGUCGUCGAAAAGCUUGGCCGGCCCCACAGGAUCCCAAACAGAUUGACGUGCGUGCGUUGGAUUCGAUUACAAAGGUGAGCUCGAAAUGGCUGGAAAAAUGGUACAGACGUACAGCGAGGGGGGAGGGGACUAACCAGACGAAAGAAUCAGUGAACAGACCAAGCCAACGAUCGAUGUAAAAAAAAAAAAAAAAAAGCUGAAUGUGUUGAGAACAUCAGGUUACACGGUUGCACCCUAACUCCAAUCUCGUUUGAAAAUUACCGUCGACAUUUUUGUUUCUUCGUACCGAGAAUCCUCUCGUUCGCAUUUCAGUUUAAGCUUCUUUCUUUUUCGACCUACGUCUUAUCGCCAACUGGGAAAAGAAAAAUUCCCGUGGAUUUUCAGAUUUGAAUUUUAUUAUUUCCAUCUUACAUCUUUCUUUCGUGCGUGUGAGUGUGUGUCACAAAAGAGAUGUAAAAGAAAAAGAAAAAUCCGGACUCGGUGGCUCGCAGACUUUGUUGACUCGUGUUUUUCUACCGUAGGACGUCAACACAGCCUUAAAUGAUAUCUUCGUCGCCAGCGUCUGUACAAGUCUCUUUUAUUAUUUUCGUGGUACUAGCAUGAUGCAUCAUUUUUUUUUUUUUUUUUUCAUCCACAGUUGCAGUUUAGAUUGAAAAGCCAAGAAUGGGCAAUGCAGCAUUUAUUAUGAAGAUUUCAUUUUUUUUUUCUUUAUAUAUAUAUAUAUUGUUGUUUAAAUUCUU